UCUGGUGAACCAGCGGGGCUUGUGAGUACGAUCUUGCGCCUCCGUGCACCGAAGCGAUGUCGGGAGACCUGCAAGCCCCGCUCCGGUGGAGGCCGGCAUCCGGGGUCCACCCUAGGGUCCGGGUGGUGCGGCCCAGAGCGAGCGGGGACCCGGAAUCCGGGAAAGGGCUCCGUACCCAGCCGGUGUCUGACUCGGGCGACCUCCAGGAUGUCGGAGGCCGAGAGUUCCCGCAAAGAGCCCGCGCUGCGGAAGAUGAAGAAGAAGGAGCCGGUGCGCCGCACCGUCAGCCAAAUCUGCCCGCCCCCGCGGCGGCCCCUGACGGUGGCCGACAUCCACCCGGGCAUGGAGAACCAGCGGCUGGGGGUCGUGCGCGACUCCAUGUUUCAGAACCCGCUCAUCGUCAAGGCGGAACUCGGCAAACCCCGGGAGAGAAGCUGCAGCCUGCCCGGUGUCGAUUUCAACUACGGCCUCUACAUCCGGGGGCUGGAUGGGGGGGUCCCCGAAGCCAUCGGGCACUGGAAUGUGUACAGGCAGCAGCCCACCUGCCCCCAGGAGCUGACCCGGAACUACAUCGCCAUGAACCGCGGGGCCGUGAAAGCUGGCCUGGUGACCGCCCGGGAGAACAUCCUAUACCGCAGGCUCAAUGACAUCCGCAUCAGUGACCAGGACGACCGGCGCCACAAGGAGCUGCCCACCGUUCCCCCCAACAUGACCUUCGGAAUCCGGGCACGGCCUUCGACCCCAUUUUUUGACCUGCUGCAGCACCGGUACCAGCAGCUGUGGGUGCAGGAACAGAAGGCCGCCCAGAAAGCCAUCAAACUGGAGAAAAAGCAGAAGGUGGUCCUGGGAAAGCUGUGCGAGACGCGGAGCAGCCUGCUGCGGAAGCACAAGCCGCCGGUGAAGCUGGACGCCCUGUGGCACUUGCCCCAAUUCCAGAAGUGCUCCAUUGUGCGAAACCGCCACAGUUCCCUCAGCCACUCAUCUGCUGCUGGACACGUAGGCCGCUUCCAAGAGGUAGCGACUGAGGAUCGAGCAGCUGUACACGUGGGUGUGCCCGGGUCACUGCGAUGAUGUGACGUCUGUAACUGUUUGGCGAAGAUGUCUGGGAGGGGAAGAGCUGGGUCUGGUGGAGUUUCUAGUGGUUUUCUGAGGACGCUCCGCCCUGAUUUGCACAGUGGCUGUACUAGUUUAUAUUCCCACCAACGAGGUGGGAGGCUCCCUUCUGCUCUGCCUCGCCAUAGUCUGCUGUCGCUUGGUUUUUUACUGAUGGCCCUUCUCUCUGGACCAGGCGGGACUCAGCCUUCAGCCUUGAGCAGGGAAAGAACAGUGUUCAAGUCCACCUGUGUCUCUGCAUAAACACAGGCUGGGAAGUGUGGGGAGGGGCUGUGUGUGCCCAAUUUGGGAAGUGAGGCUGAGUUCCUAGGUGGACGCACAGGACUCGUCUGGCCCGGGAAGGCAGCUUCACAGGGCGCUGUUCCCAGCCAGCCCGGCUGUCAAGUUAAACUGUGAUGUAGGCAAAGGAGGGGCCGCUGCCUCCCUGGGCCCUAAUGCACCGGAACAGGCUGGGGAAGCCUGUUUUCUCCCCCUACACGCAGCCCUUGUGUCCUCCCUGAGCGGCCUCUGUCAGUGCAUGACGGUGACCGCAGCCCCACUGCUCCUCCGUCUGGGCCACCACCGUACUCGCUGCAAAUGUCAAGGAAGGAGCUGGGACAGGCGGUGGUGAGAGCCAUGGACACGCCUCCCCCGUACAGCACCCCUGGCCACUGCCAGUGGCAGCCUCCCGUUUCCGUCCUGCGCUUGCCGUUUGAAAGGCAUCCUGCCCCUCUGGCCCUCUGGCCCCCAAGUCCCGCUCACCUCCCGGCCCCUUCUCUCUGAUGGCCCUGACCCCUGGGGACGCCGUGUGACAGGGUGCCAGGACCCCUGGCCCUCAGACCACCCUGCAUCGGGCUCCGCAGCAGGGGUCCCGGCCCUCU